AUGAUUCAUCAGCAGCAAACGAUGGUUUUGGUGAUGGGUGGAGGUAGAUGUAGAAGAUUUGGACGUGGUGGAGAGGGAAGUGGAAGGAAAAGUCGUCGACGAGGUUGUGCUGCCAACGAAUCCAGCCGCAAAGGAGGAGGACGAGGCGAUAGAGAGUUGGAUGACUGCUGUAGUGGAUACUUGGGGUGCCUGGCGAGUCUGUGUGUUGGAAUCUUCACAGUCUCCGUUCACAGUCACUCAAGGCCAGAGGACGCAAACUCAAAAGUUGUAGAUUUCAGCCUUCCCCGAGUGGAGGCACCAAUGACAACAGACCUAAUACGUGGAUCUGUGAAGUCAGGUCAAGAGAUUACCAGUAAUGAGAGCGCAUCCUAUAGUGUUGAUUUGAAACCUUACCAUUCAAUUAAGACCAAAAGUGCUAUUAUUGCUCUGCUUCAACUUCUCAUGGAAGGGAUUUGUGGCAAAUCAAUACCACAAUCAGGUGAUAGUUUCGAUACUGGCGUACUUCGAUUGAUUUCUGGGAGGGGCAGCAAUUUUAAUGGCUGA